AUGAACAACGGUCCCUCCUACCCUGCCGUAAACCCAUAUCCAGCGCCCGGUGUUGCCCCUCCCCCUGGUCAUGGCCAAUCUCCAGCCCCAGAAGGAGCAAACCACGGACCAAUCGGUGGACCGGGAUCAGGAUUCCCUCCUCGAUCAGGUCUAGCGGGUAUGCAACCCAACUCUUACUCUUCUGCUCCCAUCCCAAACUUAACUCCAGGAAGCGGAAUACGAGGUGGUCUACCAGAAGAGAAGAAUGUCGCUCAGAUGGUGAAAGAGAACACGAAUGUUUACGCCAGGAAGUUUCAAGCGUUGUUGGAUAGGUCUACGCCUCAUGUGAUGGAACGUUGGCUGGUCACUUUGGGGUUGUUCUUGCUUUUUGCACUUAAUGUGAUAUUGAGACAGGGAUGGUACAUAGUCUGCUAUGCUCUAGCAAUCUACCUGCUCAACCUAUUCCUCGCAUUCUUACAACCUCGUUUUGACCCUUCCAUAGCUGAAGAUCUAGCUGCCGAUGAUGUAGAAGAAGGUGCACCUGGUUUACCCGGUGCGCACGAGAACAAACCUACCACUCCUGGUGGAUUGAAAGGGUUGAUGAGUGGAUUCAGCAAUGGAGGUGAAGAUGAAGAGUUUAGACCUUUUAUCAGGAGAUUACCUGAAUUCAAAUUCUGGUACUCAGCAACCAAAGCUACCGGACUCGCUUUACUCAGUACCAUCACCCGAGCCACUGACGUCCCGGUCUAUUGGCCAAUCUUGGUCAUCUACUUUUUGACUCUGUUCGGCUUAACAAUGAGAAGACAGAUUCAACACAUGAUCAAGUACAAAUACGUGCCAUUCGAUCUCGGUAAGAAGACUCGAUACGGCAAGAAAUAG